AUCAACUCGCUGAACCCAGAGAUACUGGUACAGUCGCAAUCAAGGAAAGACGAUAUCAGACAUGACAAGCAACGAUCCAAGACACAAGCCAACAUUCCUAUGACAUAGCUACAAAAACAGAACUGAGUUAACCUGAAAAGAAUAGAAGAAUAGAACAAAGAAUGAUGUACGGCAACCGUCGCAAGAGCACUUCCGACGCCGUAUUGGCAUCCACGGCGGGAGAAGAUUCGUGGAAGACAUGGGCGGGACGAUCGCAAGGCAGUGAAGGCUUUGAAUUUUGGGAUCUACUACGAGGUGCCAAACGAAAAUUCAAUUCCAAAUUUGUCUGGUCCAUACCUCCAAGUGGAACGCCGUGUCCCGUCUGCAUGACACCGCCUACCGAUAAAUCCGAAUGGCACAUUACUUCGGCGUGUGGCCAUGCCGUGUGCAAGGACUGUCUCACGAUGUAUGCGUCCAGUUUGGUACGAGAUCCCGCGCAUCACGGACCACUCAAAUGUCCCGUGUGUCCACUACCACUGCGACCCAAAGAUGCCAUUAUGGCCUUGUCGGGCGACGCCCAAUUAUUGCAAUUGUGGGAUCAAAAAAUACGAGAUGAAGUAUUGCGCGCAUUGCCGGGUUAUCGGCAUUGUCCACACUGCAACAACAACAACAACAACAAUACACAAAAUGAUGACAAUGACGAUGACGACACACCAACAACCACUACUGGAUUGGCAGGAGGAGGCUACGUGACUCCCGAAUGUUUGGCACCCAUCAAUAAACAACGCGAACAAGAAGCACUGAAAUGGCUCAAUCAUCCCAUCAUGACACAAAAGGGAUUUGCCUAUCUCUGUCUCCUUUACAUACUCCUCUACUGCGGACGAUUCCAUUCCACAGACUUUUUUGUCAACUUGAUCAAUGUCUCUGUUGUUCCCAUGUGGUUUUUAAAACGCAUUUGGAGAUUGGUCAAGCAUAUCAUUGCCCAUGAGGCGCGCAAAACACUCUUUGCGCCCAUUGCCGUGGAAUGUCCGUGUUGUCAACAAUCCUUUAUCCUCAAUGCCGAAGCCGAAUUGGGAAACAAUGUCAUUACCGAUGAAGCGACACAAAAGUGGAUCGGAUCCAAUACACGGCCGUGUCCCAGUUGUUCCGUGCCCAUUUCCAAAAUUGAAGGAUGUAAUCAUAUGCAGUGCGCCCACUGCCGCGCACGGUUUUGUUGGGCUUGCAUGCGGGUGGGAUCGGCAUGUGCCGCAUUCAAUUGUCAUCAUGGAGCUCCUUACGGAAAUGCUGGCACGGACCAAGGCGAACAAUCCACUGCAAAUAAUGAAGAAGGGGGGAUUCUAGAUCGGAUUGAUUCGAUUGCACGGGAAAGUACACGGUUGGAUGGCUCCGAUGUCGUUACGUUUUGUGGAAUCGCCAUGAGCAUCGUGGCGCGAGAAAAUCCAUCCGUCAAGUUGCUGGCACGAUUUCUAGUCACGACAUUUGCCUUGGUGUUUUCCAGUGGAACCGUCACAACCGUGGUCCUGGCAUUUGUGGUGGGUGUGGCGAUGCGGGAUCAAAGAGUGUGGUUGGCGAAUAGAAGAGGGGAGAGGCUCGAUCAGGAAGAAGAUGAAAUAAUGGAUGGCAGUCACAUCAAUCGGGCAAUCCGACGAGGUUCCGCAGCCGUCCGAAACUCCAUUCGGAUGACCACAGGGGAGCUGGCGAACGAACUGUUUGAUGUGGAUGGUGCUGUGGAACGCGGUCUGGUCGACGAAGCAAUUCGGCGAUCCUUAGAGGAGCAAUGACAACGAGUAAUCACGAGCUAUUUCGAAUUAUUAGACUGUUUGUAGCAAACAGAAAGCCCUUUACUUUAGACUCAAGUUCCGUUUUGAUCUGGCUACAUCGGAAACACGUCCAAGAUUGAACGAUCUAUCCUGUCC